CAGGAGUUCUGUCCUGUCCUGUCAAACCCUGAUGCUUUUGGGAAUGAGCACUUGUGGCAGAAAGGCCUUGACUCUGCUCAGCAGUGUGUUUGCUGUUUGCAGUUUGGGACUCUUGGGGAUUGCUGUAAGCACUGACUAUUGGCUGUAUCUGGAGGAAGGCAUCAUCCUACCCCAAAACCAGAGCACUGAAAUCAAGAUGUCUCUUCAUUCUGGCCUCUGGAGGGUUUGCUUUUUGGCAGGUGAAGAACACGGGAGGUGCUUCACAAUAGAAUACAUGAUGCCAAUGAAUGUCCAGCUUACAUCUGAAUCAACAGUCAAUGUUUUAAAGAUGAUUCGUUCUGCCACUCCUUUCCCAUUAGUCAGUCUCUUCUUCAUGUUUAUUGGAUUCAUUCUGAGCAAUAUUGGACACAUUCGUCCCCAUAGAACCAUUCUGGCUUUUGUGUCUGGAAUCUUUUUCAUUCUGUCUGGUUUAUCUCUAGUUGUGGGGCUUGUACUCUACAUCUCCAGCAUCAAUGAUGAAAUUCUCAAUAGAACCAACGACUCUGAGACGUACUUCACUUACAAAUAUGGAUGGUCAUUUGCUUUUUCUGCUAUCUCUUUCUUCCUGACAGAGAGUGCAGGUGUCAUGUCUGUCUACCUGUUCAUGAAGAGAUAUACAGCUGAAGAGUUAUAUAGGCCUCAUCCUGGCUUCUACCAUCCACGGCUUAGCAACUGCUCUGACUACUCUGGCCAGUUCCUCCACCCAGAUGCGUGGGUACGUGGGCGCAGUCCUUCUGACAUCUCCAGUGAUGCUUCCCUUCAGAUGAGCAGUAAUUAUCCUGCUUUACUCAAAUGUCCAGAUUAUGACCAGAUGUCAUCCUCUCCAUGCUGAAUGGCAAGUAUAUACCCUCACUUUGGGGGUGAAUGAAAAGCAGGUGGAGGUUGUAAUGUCCUGAAUCUGUAUUUAAAAAAGGAUACUUUGCCAGGACAGCCCCUCCCAUUAGUAAAUGAUAGUAGUACCUAGAGAUGGUUUUCCCCCAUCUGUAAUGCAGAUAUGCAUAUCCAGUUAAACUACAGCUGCUGUUUUGAUCCUGCAGUUGUUCCAUAUACCUAAAUCUCUUGGAGCCAGAGAGAAGCUAUGGGUGUGGGAAAGACACAGGAUCAUACCCAAGAGAGCUUGAAGCCAGAAGGACAUCACCAGGAAGGAAAACAAAAGUCUUAUUUAAAAAAAAGAAUCAAAGGCUAAUGGGUUUAUGUAGUUUUAUUUGUGAAACAUUAUCAGAAUAAAGGAGUAAAUAGUAAGUAAAUAUUAAAUAGUAAGGAGUAAAUAUUGUGAUUAAUAAUUAAAGGACUGCAGAUUGCAUUACUGUGUGGCAUUUUGUUUAAAAAGAUGGACAUCUAACUUUGUUUUGGAGACACAUCGUGUUGGAACAAACACAGAUGAUAAUUUCCUCUCAGCUAUGUGAAAUAAGAUUAUGCUUUUUGUUGAGAGCUAGACACGUAACCCUCAUUAGCAUUCUCCUUUCCAAUCUCCUUAUGCUAGGCCUCAGUCCAAUUUGGCUGCUUCCCAAUUAGGGUCAUUGAUCUCUCUGGCAUUAGAAGUGGAGCAUCUUGAAAUAAAGUGCCUGAUGCUUUGCUGAUAUAACACAGUUUACCCUUCUGAUAUCUGACUCAAAAUGGCAUCAUUUGUUUGCAUAAGAAACAAGAAU